UCAAACGGACGACCUGAGGACGAGGAGCUGCUGCUUUCAUUUACCUUUAUUAACAAACGGACAAACAAACAGAGGACGAGCUGCUUCUGUCGACAGCAGAGAAACAGGUGUGUGUCUCCAUGGCGUCAGGUGUGUGUGUGUUGCUAAGUGUUUGUGUCGGUGUGUGUGUGGCCUUUAACCUCGACACGUCAUUCCCGCUGCUGAAGACGGGCGGAGAUGGGAGUCUGUUCGGUCUGUCUGUCGCCCUGCACCAAGACCUGAAGACAGACGCUUACAGGCUGUUGGUCGGAGCUCCCAGGGAGAAGGCGGAGCCUGAUGUUCCAGCCAAUCGAACAGGAGGCGUGUACAGCUGCCCGAUCACCGUGAACCAAUCAGACUGUAGCAGGAUGAAGCUCGUCGACCCGAAUGUGAACCUGGCUGAGGACCUGAUUGAAGACAUGUGGUUGGGUGUCUCAGUAGCGAGUCAGGGCCGACCCGGAGGGCGGGUCCUGGCAUGUGGACAUCGGUUUGUUAAACUCUAUGGACCAUUAGAACUCAGGCAGAUGAUUGGCCGAUGUUAUCUCCGUGGAAAUGACCUACAGUACCAUGACAACGACUCACACUGGCAGAACCCAGAGCAGCCCUGCAGUCACCUGGGUGAUGUCAGAGCAGAGGUCAUGUGUAACAUGGGGAUUUCAGCUUCCAUCACUCAGACUGAGGUCAUCGUCGGAUCACCUGGAAGCUACGAAUGGCAAGGAAACGUCCAUGUGUCCUGGAUGAACCCAGACGAUGUCUUUGACACUCAGAAGAACUCCUUCACCAACAUGCAGAGCAGGAACAUUUAUAUUGGAUACUCCAUCACUCAGGCUCGUCGUCUUCUCUCUGAACUUAAUGAAACCAUAGUAACAGGAGCUCCUAAGGACAGUAAAGAUGACGCCCGUGGCUCUGUGCUGCUGGCAGUGAAACACAAUAAUAAACUGAUAGUUCAGCAGACUUUACGUGGUGAACAGACGGGCUCGUACUUCGGCAACGCCGUGGCAACCACCGACCUCAACAACGACGGCUGGAACGACCUGCUGGUGGGCGCUCCUUUUUACUUCCACCGUCAGCAGGAGGCGGGUGGGGCAGUCUAUGUCUACAUGAAUGCAGGAGGAAGGUUUGAUUCCAGACCCAGUGUGGUCCUGAGGGGGCCGGACAGAUCUGGGUUUGGUAUGGCUGUUACUGCUGCUGGAGACCUGAACCAAGAUGGCUUCCAGGACUUUGCAGUCGGAGCUCCUUUCCAUGAAACAGGAAGUGUGAUGAUCUGGACUGGGAGCAGUGGGGGGGUCUCUACAGAACCGAGCCAGGUGAUCAGGGGCAGCAGUGUCUCUCCUGGGUUCAGGACUUUCGGGUACUCCCUGUCCGGAGGUCUGGAUGUUGAUGGGAACAGAUAUCCAGACCUGGUGGUUGGUUCUCUGGAUGACAGCGUUGCUCUGCUCAGAACUCGUCCAGUCAUCCACCUGAAUAAAACCCUCAGAGUUUCUCCAGACGUCGUCGACCCGAACAGCUGCAACUUCUGUAUCCAGGUGGAGGUGUGUUUCUCCUACAUCUUUAGUACCGGAGAGAGGAGAGACAGAGACAACAUCACUGUCCACUUCACUGUGACUGCUGACAUCACCAGUGUCAAGUCCCGCCUCCAUUUCCAUGCCAACAAGCAGAGCAUUUAUUCCGGUUACCUGUCGAUGCCGAGUAAACAGUGCGAAUCCCUGCGAGUUGGACUGCUGAGUCCGAUCCGAGACCAAGUGGAACCUCUGGUUUUCUCCCUGAAUGUCUCUCUGUACGAGAAGCUGCCGAAGAAAAGAGGUUCUAUGCAGGACCUGAAACGCCUCCCUGUGCUGAGCCAGACACCCCGACCCUUCAGAACCCAGAUCCAUAUCCAGAAGGCCUGUGGUUCUGAUAACCGUUGCCAUAGUAACCUGCAGAUGGCGGCUCAGUUCACAGAUGAAGACCAGAAACCCUUCACCAUGCAGAAGGGAAGUCAAGUGUUACACUACAACACCAGCGUUAGCAGACUGUUUCUGGAGGUCAACGUCAGCAACACGCCGUCACUGGGCCGACCAGCAGAGGAUGCUCACAACGCCAUUUUGAAUAUUAGCAUCCCGCCAUCGCUCAUAUAUUCUGGAGUUCGAACGAAGGGGGAGGCCACAGCAACAGUGGAGUGUUCUAUUGAGAACACUGUUGUUCUGUGUGAGCUGGGGAACCCGUUCAAAAGCAACCAGAAGGUCCAGAUGUUGAUCAUAUUUCAGCCGUCAGACAUCAGUUUGGACACCAGGGAGAUUGAGUCUCUCCUGCAGCUGUCCACUCUCAGCGAACAGUCAGAUCUGUCUCCGGUCUCUGUCUCCAUGUUGGUGGAGUAUUCGCUGCAGACGUCCCUCACUCUAAUCAGUCCUUCAGGCCCCACCUCCUUCAGUGGCCAUGUGAUCGGAGAGUCGGCCAUGAAGAAGACGGAGGACGUCGGCAGUCUGCUACUCUUCACCUUUCAGGUGCACAUCAGUGGGAAGCCGCUGGGUAGCCUAGGCAACCUUGAGGUGAAGUUUGAUUGGCCGAGGGUGGUGUCCAAUGGAAAGUGGCUGCUGUACCUCACAGAGAUCCAAGUGAGCGGCACCUCAGACCCUGGCUGUAAUCCACCAGGCAAUAUCGUCAAUACUCUCAACCUUGAGCUGUCAAAGGACGAGAAGAAGAGGGGGAGGAGGAGUCUUGAGGAGGAGGAGCUGACGGAGAAGAAGGAGAAGCAGAGUGAAAACAGUCUCCCUGUCCUCCACCUGCAGGGGCAGAAGAAGAAGUCCUAUACUCUGGACUGCUUAGGUGGGGCUGAGUGUGUGACGUUCGUCUGUCCACUGAUCAACAUGAACAACUCUGCAACUCUGACGCUCAAAGCCAGACUGUGGAAUUCCACCAUGAUCGAGGACUACAGCGAUGCGAGGACUGUGGUGGUGAGGGGCCAGGCGACCCUGAAGCUGCAGACCAACAAACCCACCCUCAACAUGGAGCCUCACAGCACAGAGAUUGAGGUCCACAUUUAUCCAGACCUGGGCCAGCAGCUGGACUCCAGUGCCCCCUUGUGGAUCAUUGUGGUGUCUUUCCUGGCUGGAGUCUCACUGCUGGCUCUCAUCUGCCUGCUGCUCUGGAAGUGUGGGUUCUUCAGGCGAGCCAACACCAGAGAGCUGUACGAGGCAAAGACCCAGAAGGCCCACAUGAAGAGCCAGCCGUCGGAAAACGAGAGGCUGACCGAGGAGCUCUGAGUCUCGGCACAGUGCUGCCAGAGAGCCCUGCUUGUGGUUUCUUUGAGCGUCGGACUGCAUGGCGGACUGCAGCGCUCCACCAGGGGAGGAUUAUGGGUAAACACAAGCAGCAGCACUACACGGACUCUGACGGUUUCCUGAUCCAGGACCACUUUCCCUCGUCCAGGAACAGGAAGUCACAGAAACACUGGGUUACUUCCUGGACUGAGACCCACUGAGAGACUGGUCAUAUCCGUGGAAACGUACCCUGAACCAGAUCAAAUAAGACCAGACCAAACUGGACCAAACCUUACCAAACUGGACCAACCAGACCAGACCAGACCAACACACUGCCAGACUGUGUGUAUGAGAGUGUGUGUGUAUGCUGACAUGUAACAACCUCAUAACUUGUUUACAGUCAGUUCAAUGUGUAUUAAGAAAAGGAGAUAUGAGGUUUUCAUCUGACAGCAGCGUUCACUCUGUAAACAGCUGUUGAUUUAUU